CUGGCGAACAGCUGGCUGCGAAAAGGACCAAACAAUUGAAGGCAAAAAUGAUGCGUCCUGCGAUAUUCCUUGUUGUCUGCUCAAUAACUCUGUUUAAUUUCGCCAAUGGCUACAAGGAGAUGCACGGACUGAAUGGAAAGCUGUUUCCCAAGGCGGCGACAUUCAAUUUCCCGGAGUACGCGUACAAGGAGACCAGCAAGAAUGAAAUAACUUACCACGAACUGGAGGUGACCUGCGACCAGCACGCCCAGUGCAUCAGCCUCAGUCCCGUGGGCGUGGCCAAGAUCAACUGCAUUCGGCAGUGCAUCUCGCCAUCCUGCUACCAGGACAUCUAUGCCUUCAACGAGCUGGAGGAGGGCGAAAUCGACGCCAGGCUCAACUCCUUCAAGGGAUGCGUCAUCCAGCGCAUGUAGCAGCGACCGCAGUUGUUCAAGGAGUGCUUCAUCUUCAGGUGGCUGGAGCUCACUGGCAUCGCCUAUUAAACGGAGCCAAUGCCCAUCUGUUCCAAGGACUCGCGUUGCAGUUGGUGGAGCUGUGUGCCUGACUGCGAGGAUAGCACCAGGAGGCUCUUGCUACCAGAUGCUCAUCGGAUCGAGAGGAAAUCCGCUUGUGUUUUGGAUGUAAGCGGCUUCUAUGGCAUCCUCUGUGGAAUGAACUGAACUUUUGCAUCGCUUCUGCGAUCGGACGACUGCCCCUUGACUUAAGGCCAAACUAAGAAAUAAACUUUUUC